ACCGUAGCGACGACGUCGGAAAUUCAAUACAACAACGCAUCCUCGUGCGACUCACGACCGUACCGCAAGCGCGCACUGUUCUCUUUACGUUAUUAUUACGUAGCCACGUUGGUCGCAUUCGGCCGUGCAUUUGUUUUGUCGCUUUUCUUCCAUUCCGAUUUUCGCACUUCGUCGCCGUUAACCUACCGCGAUACCGGCCACGCGUCAAUCCAACCUACACGAAGAUGAGCGACGAAGUCUUGGAUUCGGUGAAAAAAUGCGUGGGCAUCAUAAAGGGCGCGAAAACGGAUACGGAAAAAUUUGCCGCGUUGUUUAUGGUUACCAAGACCGUCAAGGCGGAAAAAUGUAACGCCCGUUCCAAACUGGCUCUGUUCGACGCCAUCGAGUUCAAAUUCAUUAAACGGCUGUUGCUCAGCGACGACGUGCCGGCCGGCUGUCCGCCGUUUGUCUACAAGUCCGUGGCGAUGAGCAUAUUGACAGCGCUGUGCAGCGUCCAAGAGGUGGCCACGCACCAAGAGAUAUUGCAGAACGUCGACGUGUUCUUGGACAUUGUGAUCGGUGCCGAAGACGAGGAUGAGGACGAGGCGGACGAGGACAAUCUCAUGCUGGUAAACGAGGCAUACAAGUGUCUGAACGUCAUCGCGCAAUUCGAACAGGGAAUGCGGGCGUUGUUCGAAGUUGACGCGGUCGGAAAAAUGUGUCGGGUGUAUUCGCAGAAGAGUUUUCAAACGGACGAAGCGCUAUCGUUGCUCGUGGCCAUUGUCGAAAAGUUCGGUCCUCCUUCCUGGGAAAAUAACGUACCGAACUUCAAUACACUAAUGAACAUAUUGACGGUCGAUUUCGAAACCGACCAUAGUGACCGCAAAUUCAAAUUGUGCUCAAUACUUUUGCCGUUAUUGGGCAAUUGUCCCGUAGAAAUCGUCCAAAACACUUGCGAUAACGAAAUAUGGCCGACCAAAAUGUUCUUGGGACUGCGGGACAUAUUGACGAGCAAACUCGUCAAAGCCCAACGAGACCCGGCGAUCAAAUUGGCGGCGCAGAUGCUCACCACGUUCGGAGCUGAAUGGUCGCUCCAAGACGAAGCGAAACCGAAAGCAUUUUUCUUACUGUUGAUACAUUUGGCUUCGAUAGAGAUACGCAUGCAUUUGGAAGAUAAAAAAUUCGAACAGGUACUAAACUUAGUCCAUAUAACGUUAAGUAGAUAGAUACAUUUUAAGUAGCGAUAAGUCAAAGAGAGGAACAAAAUAUAUUAUAUUUUUCGAGCUUUUCGUUUAAUUUUUUUUUAUAUAGCACGUGAACAUGUUAAAUUAAAAAAUUAACUGUGACUGCGAGCAGUUUUGCGUAAUAAACGUGACUGUAUAAAUAAUUGCGAUUUUUUUAUGGUAUAUACAUAUUUAGGUAAAUUUACGUCAAGAAAUUCGAACUAUAUGAGUUUUUCGACGUACAAAAAUGUAUCCAUUCGCCGUGACUCGCCUGUGUGUAUAAUUCUAAAAAUGAAUUAGACAAUCUUAUUGCGUUCAAAUGCACGUUUCAUAAUAGAUUUGGGGUGUAUGUAACAUAAUAGUAUUAGCAAUUAGAAAAAUUAAAAAUCUUAUUUAAUCGAAAACAAGAUAAUAUAACAGGUAUAAUUAUACAUUUUAGUUUUAUAAAGUAUUCAUAUGGUUUCUAAAAUGUAUAUAAUAUAUGCCUAAUGCCUAAAUAAUAUAUAUAUUACAUUUGAUUUGUUAUCAAACAUGAAUUAUUGCAUACGACAAUAUUGAUUAUUAAGUUUAGGUUGAAUAAACGUUCAUUAGCGAUUUACAGAGCCUUUAGCUCACUACUGGCCCGUUAAAAAAAGUUAAGUCCGUGUUGCUUGAACGCUCGUUAAUGUUACGGGUCAGUAAUUUCUUGGCUACUGGACCUGUAUUUACAGGUCCAAUUUUGUGUGAUACACGGUGAUAAGAAUAAUAAUUCCUUAUCAGCCUUAAUGUUUACCUUGCUUAGAAUAUUGUAAUUUAUAAUUAAGUUAAUCUGUCAAACAAAUACCGUAAUUUAUUCAAUUAUGUCCUUAUGAGGAAUUAUUAAUUCCGUUACUGUCGUUUUUUGUCGUUUAGUAAGGGUUAUCUGCCUUACCCUUUUUGGGGCCAUCGUCAAAGAUCAAACAUAAUAAUAUUAUAAUGUAAAUUAUGGUACGAAUAUUUUUUCAAAUAUUUAUUUACCAUUGUAUAUUAUUACUAAUUGACAUUCGAUAAUGUAAUCAUUGUAGUCAAAUAAAUUGUAGCAUAAAAUUUAUUUAUGUGUUAUUUAUUUUAUACGCCAUCAAAAUGUUACAGGUUCGGUUGGUUAUAAGCUCGUUAGUAAAGUUACCCCACCGAGUUCAAUUCAGUGAUACCCAGAGGGGGAUUAAAGAGUUUCAAUAGUCAGCCCCCUCCCAUUGGCCGUCUUUAAAUACCGAAAAUAAAAAAUAUAUCCUAGGAUAGUGAGGAUGGGUGCAGCUACUGUUAUAGGUAACUUAAUGUAUGCAACUGUAAGCAAUGAUAAACUAUUGCUAACGAAAAAACUAUUCUGAGCGGAGUUCAGUUAAUAGUAUUAUGGUAAAACGAUUAAAUAGGCAUUGUAUAUUUUCUUUAAUAAUAUUUGUUUAAUAUUGAUCCGAUUUUCCUGUUUUGCCUACGGUUUUUCAUGUUUUUUCUGAUUUUUCACAUUUGAUAAGAAAACUUCUGAGAAAAUCAAAAAUCGACCUUCCUAAAGUACCACCCCAAGAAAAUUUCCUUUCAGAAAAAGGUCUACAUUGUAUACAUCGUAGUGAGCUUUCUGGAAAAAUGUGUCCACAUAAUAAAAAAAAAUUAAAAAAAUACAUUACAAAUAUUUUUGUAAGCCGAUACAUUCUUCGUUCCACUCAGAAUCUAAAAACAAACGGACAUAUUUCGCAUGAUGGGUGGACCACUGAUAGGCAGAAAAAAAUUGAAUGUAUAUCCGGACUCAAAGAUUAAUCAUUUCUAACGAAAAACGAUUCUGAGUGGAGUCACAUCAUCUUUUUCAUUCUCUGAAAAUUGAGAUGAUUCAUUAAGAUACUAUGUUAAUCUAGAAAUGAAUAAUUUCAAAUUCAUUUGCCUAAGUAUUUUGUAAAAUAAUAAAUAAAACAUACUCAUUUUAUGAGUACUAUUGUUAAAAUAAAAACACACACUAAUGCAUAUUGCAUAAUAUUCAUUAGUUUAUUAUGAUUAAAUAUUAAAGGUAAUAAAUUAUUGACAGGUCAUUAUUAGAUUGUCUAAUUUAAAUUUAUGUGCAUUAUAAGUUAUGACCAAUAUUAACAUUUUAUUACAAAUUACUACCUACCUAUAAUUUACACAUUUAUACAAUAACAAUUCAGUAUAUUAAGUUAGGUGCCUAUUAACAUAUUUGCAUGCAUCUAAAAUUACUCAAUAUUUUCAGGUAGGUAGGUACCCUAGGUAAUAUUGUAUUCAAAAUGUUCUUAUUUGUAAACAUCAGAUUCUAAAACAAUCAUUAAUUUAAAUGGUAAAUGCAUGACACUGUUUAUCUGGGCUCAAGAUCAGUCAUCAUUUAAUUAAACAAAGUCUAAUAGUUUAAAAUACAUUAAAAGAAAAAUCAUUAUUAGUUAGUAUCAACUUAAUUUGUAGGUACCUGCUACGUUUAUCAUACAAUGUAAAUAAAUUAUUAGAUAUUAGGUAUAACUUGAACAAUAUUUAUUGUGUCUGCGGUAUUCUUCCAAGUAUUUUUGUAUUUCUUUUAUUUUUAAUUUACUUAUUUAGGUAGGUACUUACAUCUUUUAUUUUUUUCUAUCCACAACCACACAGUUUUGAGCACGUUUUAUUACACCACCUCAAACACUCAUUCAGCAAUAAUUUAAAGAUUAUUUUUAAUUUAAAAUUAAACUAAUGUUUGUUUUAUCAAUAAAAAUAAAUAAAUGUUAACAAUAAAUACAAUAAAACAGAUUCAGAUAGUAUAGGGUGUCCUACAAUGUUAUCCAAAUGCUAAUAACUAUCAAAAUCCGUUUAUUUUUUUCUAUCGGGUUUUAUGCCUGAGUCACACAAAUGUAGAGAACAAUUAAAUUUUUAUUUUCAUUCUUUAAUCACUAAAAAUGUAACUUUUUUUUUUCAUUUUUUAAAUUAUCAAAAUUCCCAUUUUGUGAAAUAUAUUCUAAAAAUUUGAAUGUAUUAUAAUAUAUUCAUAUCUGAUUAAUAGUUUCUUAGUUAUAGCAGCUUUAAUGUAUAGAAAUUGGUGUACACACAAUUAAUUUCAAUAGAAUAUUAAUUACAAUCAGCACGAUAUUUCCUUAUCUUCUAUCUUGUAUUUUUUAAAAUGAAAAUGGCUAUCACUAAAACACUAUUGAUAUAAUAUGUAAGUGUGCUACAUUAAAAUUUUUAGAAUAAUAUAUUUUACAAAUUGGUUAUUUUGAAAAUGUUUAAAGUAAAAAAUAAAAAGUUAUUUUUUUUCAGUGAUUUAGGGAAGCAAAUAAAAAAUUAAUUUGUCUCUACAUUCAUGUCCCCCGUCACAAAACUUUAUUUAAAAAAAUAAAUAUCGACAGAGUUAUUAGCAUGCGGACAAAAUCGUAAGGCAUAUUUCUGUAUAUCAUUAUUAUUAUUUGUAACUAAAUACGAAAAUAUAAAUUGUUUGCUACACGGACCUUAACAUAAUGUGCGGGAUUAGUUAGCGGGGAGAGGGGAGGAAUUGAAGGAAUUGAAUAAUGAGUUAGUACAUUAUUAAUGCCUAUAAAAUAGGUUUAAAUUGUUGAUUGUUAAAGUACAUUGUCUAGAACAGUAAUACUGAUAAUAAAUCCAAAGAGAAAGCUUAUAAUUAUUAUCAUAAUACGGGUACAAAAUGAUUAAAAGAAUUAUACAUUAUCAAAACUUUAGGUAAUUCGAUAUUUUUCUAUUCUAUUGCGUGGGAUAUUUUAUUGCCCAAUAAAAAUUCAUUGUUCAAUAAAAUAUGUGAAAUGUCAAAAUUUGAAGCCUGUGGCCCAAAUGCAACGCACCCCCUAGCUGCAACCCUGAUAAAUCCAAAGCUGAUGUAAAUUAUGAUUAUGGUAUUAUGCGCAUUUUGUGCAGCCUAGGUACCCCAUUGAACAUCAGCAAAUAUAUCAAAUAUUGAUGUGAUGCAAAAGGUUAAUUAUUUUGCUGUUCGAUAUUAGUAUGAUAAACGAUGUGCAUAAACUGACCGAUCGGCAGCGUGAUGACUUUUUCAAAAUUCUAAGCAAUAUGGUUAGUUAAAUUAAUAAUUUAUCUAAAAAAUAAAAAUGAUUUUAGUCAUUUAAACAAUAUAGGUACAUGAUAUUUCUUUGUCAACGAUUAACACGUAGAAAACAUUUUAAAAUUAUUUCGACUGGUAUUUUUCUCCCUAAACACACCAUUUUUUUAAGCAAUUAUACAUAUUUUAUUUUAUUAAUUUGUAAUUUUUAAAUUCUUUAAUUUUUCCAUAUUUCUAAGGCUCUGGGGAAUAAAAAAAAAAACCGUUCUCCCGAAAUUGUCCCGCUUUUCCAGCGCAGAGAACAAAACUUAGUGCAGCUAGUGCAAGUAUCAGAUCUUCGUGUUAAAACACUGUGUAUAUAGGUAUUACAAUAUAUAAUGUAUAGCACAAUAUAGUCACUAUAUUUUCGGAGAAAAUUCUAGAAAAAAGAAUAAUAUUAUUAUUAUAGACAUUGGUUGAACUAAAAUACUUUUAUUGCGUUUAUUUUAUUAGUUAAACCAAACACUUAUACAAAUAAAAUCGUAAAAUAUUUAAACGUAUCUAUUUAUAUGCAUUAUACAUUUAUACAUUUAUUUAUACAGCUUCAUAUUUUUCGUUUUUCAAUGUACAGCCAAACAAUCUAAACAAUGUUUUAAUAUCUACAUUUGUUUUUGUUCCCAGGUAUUGGUAGCGGAAAAUUUGCUCAGUUCGUGUUUUACGAUUCUAGAAAUAUCAAUCGCGUACAUUGCGGCAGACACGUUGGACCUGGAACAAAAAGAAAAACAACAAACGUACACCGCUCUCAAAGGAGCUUUUUCUGCCGUACUAAAUGUACUGAAAACAUUGUCUGUAUCUAAGAAACCUUUGGAAAUAAAAGAAAAAUGUUUUGUAUGCCUGAUGCUUAUGUCGUUGUCCGCUUGGUUGGCACAAGAGACGUCGGCAAUGAAACCGGCCGUAAACAACAUUUUGCCAUUCGCCUUGCAGAUAGCCAACGAAUCGUUUUAUGCCUACCGUGCAAGAUACAUAGCCGAGAACGUUACCGUUAAAACCGAAGCAACGCCAGUAAAAAUCGACGAUCCUUUGGGUAAAGUAGACGUGUUGAGAGCGUUUUUACCAGCUUUAUGUCACAUAACGGUGGACGACAAAGGCCGGGCGGUGUUGUUAAAAAUAAAACAAGAGGAAAUGUUACAAGAAUGCUUAGAAUUCCAUUGGUCGAUUGCACAUUUCAAAAAACCGUUGAUACCAAAGUCCGAAAGAGGUAAGCCAAGAGGUCCAGAACCGGAAAUUCCAGCUGACCGUCUGAAAAAAAUGGCCGAUUCUAGAGGCGCCAUCAUUAGCAUAUGUAAUACGUUCAUGAACCUUUGCGUUUUAGAAGCGGAUCACGUCAAAGACAGCCCUUUGUUUUUCACCCUAAUGAAGUUCGUGUUCGACAAUCUACCCGAAUUGAAAAAUAACCACGAGAACCUCGUUGUGUACGGCAACAUGGCUGUUUUGGGUCUGUUACUAUUGAAGCUGAAGACUGCGUACAUUAAGAAAAACGAUUUCUCUAUUUGUCGUUACAUACAAGCGACCAUUCGUUUUCUGUGGGACGCGUACACGGUUGACGAGAAUAGCAAUAAUUCGCGAUACGCGUUGGGCCAGUUAGUCGUGACGAUGACGUACAAAGAAGCUUGGAUAGAGUUACAAGAAUUGUGGUUUUUGGGCAUGCAAAACUUAAGCGGCAUCCUGACCCUCGUCCCGUGGAUAUCGGAGUUUGCGAUUGAAAGCGGUUGGGCAGAAGGCAUUAUUAACAUGUUGGUGAAAAUUAAACCGGGUUCACUUCCGACCAACGUUAAGUACGCCUAUGAAGAUUUAUUGUGUCGGCUUAUCGACGCUAACAGUGAUUUGAUUGCCACGCUCAAGAAAAACGACGCGUUGACGGCUUGCCGAGGCCAUAAAUUCAUGGAAUUGGGCAAAAAACUAUUCGGAGAGUAAACGCGGCGCCUGAUUUUUAUUUUAUUUUCUAUAGCAUUUAUAUAUAUAUGUAUAUGUAUACAUAUAAAUAUACUUUUAAACGUUUACAUUUUAUAUUGCAUAAGAAUUUAAAAAAAAAAAAAUGAUAUACUCGUGCGUUAAUAUUUGAUUUGCGAAAAUGAACUAAAUUAUAAGGUCUAUACUUUAAAUAUAUAAUAUAUUAUAAUUAUGUUUGGCGU